AUGUUACACAGCACCAUCACCGCAAAAGGCGCCCUCCGAACCGUAAGCCAUGCACUGAUCUUGUCUUCCAUUAGAAGUGUUCUGAUGAUAGAUGGCUCAGAUUUGGUUGUUAUGAGGCUAUUGAAUCGAUUGGCGCCCAAGGUCAACUUCAGAGCCAUUCACCUCGAUGUUCGUAGGAAGUCGAGUGCAGGGACGGGAGCAUGGUUUCUCACAAGUCGGCUGUACUGUGAAUGGAAAGCAAGCGAUGGCGGUGUGCUCUGGGGCAUGGGAAUGCCCGGUACAGGAAAAACAGUUCUUACGUCCAACAUUCUGCACGAUCUUCUGCUCUUGGAGAACGAGAAGACGAGCGUCAUCUUGGUAUACUGUCGAUACUCUGAGCCUCUCUCAGCCAGGGAGAUACUGGAAGCAAUUAUCAAACAAUACCUCGAACGACACCCCUUCCUCCACGCAGUCAUUUCAUCUCUCUACGCGCAACAUGAUCUUGAAAAGACCGAGCCCUCCGAUGAGGAGCUGGUGUCCCUAAUUGGCGAGAUCGAGACCUUCUUCGAGAAAUGCUACUACGGCUUGGAUGGCGUCGAUGAAGCGAAGGACGAUACCCAGUUCGACUUGAUAAAGGCCAUUAACAGACUCCAGGGAAACUUUAUCCUUACUUCUCGGCCACUGGAUCACUUGGGUGCAGCGCUCAAGUAUGCGGUGUUCUUCACGAUUAGUGCUCAGCGGGAGGAUAUCGAGCUGUUGAUUAUGGAGAGACUGGAUCGCAAUAUCGGUCUUCGGGAACUCCUGGAUCGACAUGGCUAUCGGCAAGAAACCAUUCGCCAGAUUGUCGACAAGGCGGCGGGGAUGUUUCUCCACGCAGCCCUUCAAAUAGAGGCCCUUCAUCGCUGUCCAACUAUCAAAAGCUUGAAAUCAAGCCUCCAGCAGUUUCCUGCCAAGAUUGAGGACAUGUACCUCGAAACCCUGAAACGUAUCAAAGCGCAACCAUCCGAACAUGUUACCCUCGCACAGCGUAUUCUGCUUUGGGUCAUCUUUUCCGAAGGACCGCUAUCCCUCAAGGAUCUCCAGUAUGCAUUAUCAACAUGCCCCGAAACCCACCAAUUCGACGAGGAUGGAUGGGUCCAUGAGUCGACUAUCUUGUCCGUGUGCUGUGGCCUCAUUGAAGUGGACCACGCCAGUAAUUGCGUUCGCCUCAUCCAUUUCACCGCCAAGGAAUGCCUUUCUCGUUUCGUUCUGGAAUCCUACCCACACCCUCAUGAACAUAUUGCCAUGGUGCUAGUCAACAGGCUUAUAUCCGUCAACAUGCAUGAGUCGAGAAGAUUAGAAAAGCCAGAAGACUUCGAAGACCUUCUCUCUCAGUCCCCCCUCCUCCGCACCGCUCAUCGGGACUGGGGCUCCCAUGUCCUGAAGUGCGAAGGCAGCCCCACAAUCCGCGCGUUCGUGCUGGAUUUCCUCCGGCGGUGUACAUCCUUUGUAUGGGACCGCCAAUUCGACUCUCUUGAAUUCCUCAAUCCCUUGCAUGUCAUCGCACGUUACGGUCUCGCCUCGUUUUUACCGGACGUUUUGGUCACAGACGAGGCUGUGUGGGAUAUCAACUCGAAAACGACCGGUGCAGUCGCAACUACCGCACUACCCAUAGCGGUGGAGUACAAUCACGAGGAGGUGGUGGAGAGCCUUCUCCAGCUCGACGGUGUUCAAGUGAACGUGGCUGGCACCAAGGGGUGGACACCGCUGAUGUGGGCCGUACACAAGGGCAACACGAAGAUCGUUCGACAGUUACUCCAGCAUCCUGGCAUUCAGGUGAACCUUGCGGGGAAGCAAGGGCGUACAGUUUUACUGGAGGCGGCGAGCAAUGGGGAUGAACCAAUGGUUGAUUUGUUGCUGGAGGCCUACGACAUUCAGGUUAACGUCCUGGAUGCCAAAGGAUGGUCACCCCUCAGUAAAGCAGCCGGAAAUGGCCACGAAACAACCGUGCGGCGCCUUCUUCGAGUCCCAGGAAUUGACAUCAAUCUCGCGAGCAAGAGAGGGGUCACUGCCCUCAUGGAGGCGUCUCUCAACGGACACAUCUGCAUCGUCAAGCUCUUGCUCCAGGCCCAAGGUAUUCUAGCCAAUCUUGCAGACAGCAACGGCUGGACGGCGUUGAUGAUGGCCUCGAACAAUGGCCACGAAGAGAUCGUUCGCCUACUGCUUCAAACAAACGGCGUGGAUGUCAAUUUGGCGGGCAACGGAGGGAGGACAGCGCUGAUGAAGGCCGCGAGCAAGGGUUACCACUCCAUCGUUCAACUUUUACUCCAAGCUCCCGGAAUCCAAGUCGAUGCCAUAGAUUCGCAGAAACGAACGGCACUGAUGAAGGCCUCGAGUAAAGGCCACGCAUCAAUCGUCCAGUCCUUACUCAAAGCCCAGGGUGUGCAGGCGAACUUGAUCGAUAGGAAUGGGUGGACGGCGUUGAUAGACGCGGCGAGCAAGGGGUACGAAGACGUUGUUCGGCAGUUGCUCCAGGUGGAGGGGAUAAACGUUAACCACGCCGACAAGAAGAAGCGGACAGCCUUAAUGGAGGCCGCGAGCAAUGGUCACGAGGGGGUUGUUUUGCAGUUACUCCUGGCGGAGGGUAUUCGUGUCGAUCUCGUCGACGUGGCAGGAUCCACAGCACUCAUGAAGGCGUCCUCCAAGGGACAUGAAGCCAUUGCCCGUCAUUUGCGUGCUUUCUAA